CCUUGUUCGUGACGUGUGCCUUCUCCAGCAGUAGUGCUUUAUUCGAAAUCAACAAACAAAUCCCUCCAAUCGCCACACCAUGUACGAACGUCAGGAAUCGCAAGGGCCCACCCUCAAGGAAGGCGGCUCGUACAUUAUGGAAGGCCACGAUGCGGCCGAAGCGAAGAACGUGUGCAUCAUCUUCUCGCCUGAGAUGGACGAGGCUGGUGCCCUGUCGAAGAUGUUGAAGAUCUUCGACGAGCAUCGGGUUAACCUGCUGCACAUCGAAUCCCGGUCAUCUACGCGUGGACCUGGCUACGAAUUUAUGGUGGAGUGUGAUGGCAAGGGUGGUACUCUUGGAGCGGCGAUCGAGGCUGUCCGUGACAAAAGCAACUACUUCAACAUCAUCUCACGUGACUACAAGGAUAAUGAAGCAACCGUCCCGUGGUUCCCGAGACGCAUCCGUGAUCUUGACCGAUUCGCCAACCAGAUCCUGUCGUACGGAGCCGAGCUGGACUCGGACCAUCCCGGUUUCACCGAUCCGACGUACCGUGACCGACGCAAGUACUUCGCUGAUAUUGCGUUCAACUACAAACACGGCCAACCACUCCCACACGUCGACUACACCGAGGCUGAGACUAACACCUGGCGUACGGUGUUCCAGAACCUAACCAAGCUGUACCCAACGCAUGCGUGCCGCGAACACAAUCACGUGUUCCCGUUGCUGAUCGAGAACUGCGGUUAUCGUGAGGACAACAUCCCGCAGCUCGAGGACGUUUCUAACUUCCUGAAGGACUGUACGGGCUUUACGUUGCGGCCGGUUGCGGGUCUCCUGUCAUCUCGGGACUUCCUCGCCGGAUUGGCGUUCCGUGUGUUCCACUCUACGCAGUACAUCCGGCAUCCAAGCAAGCCGCUUUACACACCGGAACCGGACGUGUGUCACGAGCUGCUCGGUCAUGCACCUCUGUUUGCUGAUCCAUCCUUCGCGCAAUUCUCGCAAGAGAUUGGUCUCGCAUCGCUCGGAGCCCCGGAUGAGUUCGUCGAGAAGCUUGCCACGUGCUUCUGGUUUACGGUGGAGUACGGAAUGUGUCGACAGAACGGUGCCCUGAAGGCGUACGGUGCUGGGUUGUUGUCGUCCUUCGGUGAACUGCAGUACUGUCUCACCGACAAGCCUGAAUUGCGUGAGUUCGACCCGGCUAAGACAUGCGAGCAGAAGUACCCGAUCACGGAGUACCAACCGGUGUACUUCGUAUCGGAUAGCUUCGAGGAUGCGAUCCAGAAGAUGAUCAACUACGCGAACACGAUCCCACGUCCGUUCGGUGUCCGGUACGAUCCUUACACGCAGAGCAUCGAGAUCCUGGAUUCGGUCCCACAAAUCAGCAACCUGAUGCGUAACAUCCACAACGAGUUCGAGGUGCUGCAGAACGCGUUCAAGAAGCUGUAGAGAUGGCGCACGCAAGCCCACCCUGUACUAUACCGGUGCUUUAGAUAAGCUAUGUAAGGAUCGUGUUGGAAGGAGAUGUUUUUUUGUCUCUCUACCCUGUUGCCAUUAAGUCUAUGCAUGAUUAUUCCACUCGAAAGUGAGCAAUAAAUCACAAUUAUCUAGUUGUAAACA